UUAAUUAUUACUGAGUAAUAUUAUAAAAUAUAAUAUUGAAAUAUAAAUAUUAUAAGUAAUGUGAAAAUUAAUUGUUUAUAUUGGAAUAUGGUCGGACAUGUUUAUUUUUCACAGCUGUCAAACAAAUUUGGAGGGAAUGCAAGAUUGUUUUCAUUAACCUCAAAAAAAAGACGCAAAAUUUCGAACAAGCUAUUAUAUUAUUUUUCUCAUUCUAAAAAAGUUUAAAUUAUAUAUAUUCUAUUAAAGAAGAAAUUAAUCAUGUCGAAUGAUGUUUUUACAAAAGAAGUGCAAACAAUGUUUUCAUUGUAUGGAUUAACUAUAACAAAAAGUUUAAGUGGCUAUGUUGCGAGACAAAUAACAAGAGGUAUACCAGAAGGUGAAAGAGAUCAAUUUCUCACUGGAAUUAUAGAACAAUUAUUAACACAAACAUUAAAAACACCAAAUGUUCAAAAAGAACACAUUAUCCUUGCAUUUAAUGAUUAUGUACGACCAACAACUUCAUUAAAAGAUACGGAAACAAUUUUUAAUGUCAUAAAUUCCUUUGACAUUCCUAAAGUACAAUACGAUAUUGGUAGAAGAAAAUUUGUAUUAAAAAAAAUUGACAAUGAUUUAUAUCCAGACGCUGAAUACAAAUCACUUAUAUUUAAAGAUCGACUUGAUUUACUUUAUCAUCGAACAUUAAGGCACGAUCAUUUUAAAAAUUCUAAAUUCGGUGAAUCCAAUGAUGGAAAAUUAGAAUUGGUACCAAUUGAAAAUUUACUUAGUGAAUCAAAAACUGACAAUGUUUAUGUAAUUGGCCUUUUAUCGCAACUCACCGAGGGUGAAUUUUAUUUAGAGGACAAUUAUGGAAACGUUAAAUUGGAUCUUAGAAAUGCAGAUUUUCAGACAAGUCUCAUUAUGGAAGGUUCAAUUGUAAUUGCAAGCGGUAAUUAUUCGGAUAAUAUAUUUAAAGUGGAAAAAAUUGGAUUUCCACCGUCGGAGCCAUCGGAAAAUUCUCGAAUAUCAUUUGGUACUGUCAAUACAUUUGGUGGUUUACAUCCAACAUCAUUAAAAUCAUCUGAAAAAUUACAUGAACAUGAAAUUCUUUACAAGGAUAUGUUUAUUUUUUUAUCUGAUUUUUGGAUCGAUGAUAUUCGUGUUCUUGAGAAAUUUAAAGAGAUAUUAAAUGGUUUCUCUGAUUCACCACCAAUUGCAAUAAUAUUAUUUGGCAAUUUUCUCAGUUUUCCACCAAAUGCAACGAGUGUACAAAAAUUGAAAGAUGGUUUUAAAAAUCUCGCCGAUAUAAUAACACAGCAUCAUGGUAUAAUGGAAAUGACAAAUUUUGUAUUAGUUCCCGGUCCAUUUGAUCUUGGUGCACCGAAAAUUUUGCCAAGAGCACCAUUACCAAAAUCAAUUGUCGCCGAUUUUAUUAAACGUAUAUCUCAUGUACAUCUUGCUACAAAUCCAUGUAGAAUUCAAUAUUGUACUAAGGAAAUUGUCAUUUUUAGAGAAGAUAUUUUAACAAAACUUUGUAGAAAUACUCUCAAAUUUCUUGACACUGAUAAUGUUUAUGAACACUACGCAAAAUCGAUAAUUAGUCAAUCACAUUUGGUUCCAUUGAAUCUUCAAGCGAUGCCAAUUUAUUGGAAAUACGAUCAUGCACUACAACUUUUUCCCACUCCAGAUCUUAUUGUUGUCGCUGAUUCAUUUCCCGCGUACAAAACAGAAUUUUCACAAUGUCAUGUUAUAAAUCCAAGUUCAUUUUUGAGAUCCGGUUUCAGUUUUCAAACUUAUGAGCCCGCUGAACUUUUUGAAAAACAAAUUACAGACUGUCAAAUUGAUUAGAAAAAAAAAUCGACGUAAGUAAAUUUUUAAAUGAGUUUUUUAAAAACUUAAUUUUUUUUGGGGAGGGGAAAUUAAAGAACAAGAAAGGACAAAUGUAAAUUAUGUACAGCAUUUAUUUUUCACUUUUUUUUUUUGGAUAUAAUAAACUCUUUUUUUU